AUGGCUCCGCAAAUCAACCACCCGACGCCGGACCUUGUCCCAGAGCAGGAAAAGCGCGUUGGUGAUAUCGAAAAGGACCAUGCCAACAAUGAAGCCGAUGAGAAAGCCUCAGACUCUGACUCGAGCUACAAGCAAGAAGGUGUCCGACAGGUUGAGGCCAUCACCACCGUCUGGACAAAACAAGUCCUCAUCGUCAUGUUUGUGCUCCUCUACCUCGUCUCCUUCGUUGACCAACUCCAAGGUGCUGUGACAGGCAACCUCCAAAACUUCAUCACUUCUUCCUUCGGCCAGCACGGCCUCCUUGCCGCAACCGACAUUGUCGCCUCCAUUCUCGGAGGCGUAUGCAACCUGACCAUUGCCAAAGUCAUCGACAUCUGGGGUCGCUGCGAAGGUUUUGUCGCCAUGAUCGUUCUCAUGGUCAUCGGUCUUAUCACCAAGGGAGUGAGCGAGGAUGUUCCCACCUACGCUGCUGGCCAUACAUUGUACUGGGUUGGCCACUUGGGUCUCGGAUAUAUCAUCACCAUCAUGUUGGCCGACAUGACGACUCUGCGAAACCGAAUCAUCCUCUUUGGUAUUCAGCAAACGCCCAUUAUCGCUACAACAUUUGCUGGUCCAAAGAUUGCUGAUUUGUUCUACACAAAUGUCAACUUUCGAUGGGCAUUUUACUCUUUUUGUAUCAUCUUGGUGUUUUUCGCAAUUCCCGUCGCAAUCGUAUUUGUGCUGAGUAAGAGAAAGGCUGUGAAACUGGGAGUAUACCCUGUGAGGCCAAAGAAUCGCACUGUUUGGCAGUCAUUCAAGCACUACUUUGUGGAGUUUGAUGUUAUUGGAAUGUUCUUGACUGUUGCUGGCUGGGCCCUUCUCCUGCUACCCUUCCAGCUUGUCAAUACUGCUCCCAAUGGAUGGAAGACGGGCUACGUCAUUGCCAUGAUUGUCCUCGGAGUCGUCUUGUUGGUUCUGUUCGCCGUGUGGGAGAAGUACUUUGCCCCUGUCCAAUACUUUCCCUGGGUAUAUCUCAAGGACCGCACUAUCCUUGGAUCCUGUCUCGUAUACGGCUUCAUGUUCCUUUCCAUCUUCUGCUGGGACACAUACUACCAGUCAUAUCUCGAAGUUGUACACUUUCAAAGUAUUACAGACUCUGGCUACAUCCUAAACGCCUUUUCCGUAGCGUCAUCCUUCAUCGCCCCUCUGGUUGGAGUUUACAUCCGCUACUUCGGCAACGUUAAAUGGCCAUCCCUUGCCAUGAUCCCCUUCGCCAUUCUCGGUACGGCACUGCUCGUUCGCUUCCGAACACCGAGCACAUCCGUUGGUGUCCUCGUCAUGUGUCAGCUCUUCAACGGCUGGGCAACAGGCGUCUGGGCCAUGACAGCACAGCUCUCCAUCAUGGCCUCCAUUGAUCAUCAACACAUUGCUGUUGCCAUUGCUCUGUUCGGAUUAUUCGGCUCCAUCGGCCAAGCAAUUGGUUUUGCAAUUGCCGGCGCUCUGUGGACGAACAGCAUGGAGGAAAAGAUGUACGAGUAUCUCCCAGACGACUACAAGAACCAGACAGCGACUAUCUACAGCGACAUCACAGCUCAAUUGGCACUUCCUCGGGAUAGCCCUGCUCGAGACGGCGUCAUUCAUGCCUACAGUGACGUACAAAGAGUCAUGGCUAUUUGUGGCUCCUGCUUCAUGGCUCUUGCUAUUCUGUGCAUCUUCUUGUGGCGCAACAUCAACGUCCGAACCUUGGAAGAGGUCAAGGGCAAGCAGACCAAGGGCACGGUCUUCUAA